AUGACUUCAAAUGACAUAGAGAAAUAUCCAAAUAUAGAGAUACAUGAAAGUAAUAAUGAUUCACAUUUUAGAACUAUACAUCCUGCAAAUUCAUUGAAAAAUGAAAACAAAGAAAAACAAACUGAAUUUGUUCAAGAUUCUGAUAUUUUAAAUGAAGAUAAUUCAAUAAAUCAGUUAAAAAGUGAUCAAGGUAUUAAAAGAAACCUUAAAGCAAGACAUAUUUCUCUAAUAGCUUUAGGAGGAACAAUUGGAACUGGUUUAUUCAUUUCUACAGGUUCGAUGAUUGCAACUUCAGGACCGGUUUUAUCAUUAAUUUCAUUUUUAUUCAUGACUACAAUUGCAUUUUCAGUUACACAAUCCCUAGGUGAAAUGGCGACUUUAAUACCAGUAUCAGGUAGUUUUGCACAAUUUGUAACAAGAUGGGUAUCUAAACCUUGUGGUGCAGCAAAUGGUUGGUUAUAUUGGUUUUCGUGGGCAAUUACUUUUGCUUUGGAAUUGUCAGUUGUUGGUCAAGUUAUUCAAUUCUGGACUGAUGCGGUUCCAUUAUGGGCUUGGAUUACUAUAUUUUUUGUUGUUUUGACGUUAUUCGUAUGUUAAAAAAAAAAAUUUUGAGAUCAGGAUGUACAAUUGAAUAAUACUAACCCGUAAUAGAACUUCCUCAGUGUAUCCUUAUAUGGUGAGCUAGAAUUUUGGAUUGCCAGUAUCAAGAUUGUAGCCAUCGUUGGUUGGUUAAUUUAUGCUUUUAUUAUGGUUUGUGGUGCAGGAAAAACCGGACCAGUUGGUUUUAGAUACUGGAGAAAUGGCUAUGCUUGGGGACCCGGUUAUUUAGUUAAAGACGUUGCUACAGGUAGAUUUUUAGGAUGGGUUAAAUCUUUAAUUAAUGCUGCUUUUACAUUUCAAGGUACUGAAUUGACUGGUAUUUCAGCAGGUGAAAGCGCUAAUCCAAGAAAAACAGUUCCAUCAGCUAUUAGAAAAGUGUUGUUUAGGAUCUUAGUGUUCUUUGUUCUUUGUAUGUUGUUUCUUGGUUUAUUGGUUCCAUAUAAUGAUCCAAAAUUGAAUAGUGAUGGUUAUACAAAUACCUCACCAUUUAUUAUUGCAAUUCAAAAUUCAGGUACCAAAGUCUUACCUCACAUAUUCAAUGCUGUUAUAUUAUCAACAAUUAUCUCAGCUGGUAAUUCUGAUGUCUAUUGUGGUUCAAGAAUUUUAUAUGCUUUAGCUGAAGCUAAAGUUGCGCCAAAAUUUUUCCUUAGAACAAAUAGAUUUGGUGUUCCAUAUGUUGCAGUAUCAACCACUGCAAUAAUGGGAGCCUUGGGUUACUUAGCUUUAUCACCUCAAGGAAAUGAAGCUUUUGAUUGGUUAUUAGAUAUUACAGCAACUGCAGGUUUAAUUUGUUGGGGCUUUAUUUCAGUUAGUCAUAUUAGAUUUAUGAAAGUUUUGAAAAUAAGAAAUAUUAGUAGAGAUACAUUACCAUUCAAGGCAAAAUUCAUGCCAUGGAAUGCUUAUUAUGCAUGUUUUUUCGUAUUUUUAAUUACAUUAAUUCAAGGAUUUGAUGUUUUUUGGAAUAUAACAGCAAGUAAAUUUUUCACAGCUUAUGUUUCAGUUAUAAUAUUUGUUGUAUUUUGGGUCGGUUUCCAUUUUCUAUUUCAUGGUUUUACAUUUAGAUGGAAAGAUAUUUUAAUACCAUUAGAUGAUUGUGACAUUGAUUCUGGUGUUAGAGAAAUCGAUGAAUUAGAAUUUGAUGAACCAUCAAAACCAAAGAACUUAUGGGAAAAAUUUUGGGCCGUUGUUGCAUAA